CCCGCGUUGGUGCAAAAGUUUGGGGCCUCAAGCGAUGGCCGAUGAUUCCACGGCGUCGGCAGCUGAUUCGGUCGAAUAUGCACAUGCACGGCCACCAAAGAAGGAGAGGAAAGGAGUUAAGACUCUCGCUCGUGGCAAGCGAACUCGAUCGGAGUCCAAUCUCGGCCUGAAGCCGACGAACAAGCGGAAAAAAGCUCCUGGUCAAGUGGACGAUUCGACCUUGGAUGUCAACGAUACGGAACCAGUAGCCGACAAUGACGAGGUAGAAGCAUUGAAACAGGAGAAGCAACGACUAUUGACUGAUUUGCGGCGGUACACGGUGCUUGGGGACUCAGGUGCCGAGGCAACACCCCCUCCACCGACAGCAUCGUUGUCACGACGCAACAGUCAGACGUCAUCAACUCCCAGCGCGGCCGCGGUAACUCUGCCAUUAUGGUCAGCGACUCCGUCGCCUUCUAUCGACACGUCUACGGCGUCCACUGCUACCUUCCGUCAUUGGGAUUUUCUGCUUCAAGAGAUGCAAUGGAUGUCGACCGACUUUGCUCAAGAACGCAAGUGGCGGCACCGCAAAGCCAAGACGCUCAGUCUAUCUGUGGCGGGCUAUCACAACAAGAAAGCAACGGCAAACGUGCGGACCCAGCAGCAGGAAGAGCAAGCGCGCAAGCGGUUCGCUGCGAAGAUCGGUCGGGACGUCAAGAAAUUCUGGUUAAAAGUGGACAAGCUCGUCGCGCAUGAGGUCAAGACUACAGAAGAAGAGAAGCAAAAAGCAUUGAUGGAAAGUCAGCUACAGUUUUUGCUCCAGCAGACUGAAAAGUACGCAGCUGCGCUGGCCACGACGUUUGAGUCUGGAAACGAUGACCAGCCCAUCGCAUCGUUGGAAGCGGAUGCACGUCGCGUCGAAGCAAUCGACUCGGAUGAAGACUUUGAAAUGGAUGACGAGGAAGACGCCAUGGAUGACGAGACGACAAUUGCUGCUGAGGAACAAUUGCAGUCCAAAGCCGACGUGGAUUUCGAAGUGGCACACUUGCGUCGAGAAAGCACCAUGUCGAUUGACGCGUUGCGGGCCCAGUACGCCGCGAUUCUGCAAGACGACGACGUGUCAGUGGAGGACGAAGCACGGAAUGCCAUGCGUAGCGAUGGCGAAGAUGGAGAUCUGGAUGUGGAAAUCCGUCACAGUGAAUUGCAUCAAAACGAGUCCGCCAGUGUUGAGACAGUAGUCCUUCCCGUGAACACUGCCAUUGUGGUUCACGAAGAGCAAGGGAGCGCGGUACAGAGUCCAACGGAACCUGAUGUCGCAGGCAAUGCUUCGGACGAAGACUUUGAGAUGGACGAGGACGAUGCAGAUGAUGACGAGACGACGAUUGAAGAGGAGGAGCGAGCCCAGUCCAAGGACGAUGUGGAUAUGGAAGUCGCGCUGCUGAACGAAGAGAGCACCAUGUCCAUUGAAGCACUUCGAGCCAAGUAUGCGGCGAUGGCGGCGGAAGAAGAGGUCGAGUAUGAGAUCUCGCAACAAGACUCGAUGGAAGGUGCUGACGACGACGACCCGGCCUUUGAGUGCAGCGACGAAGACGCUGUUGACGACGAGAUGUCGAUCGAAGCGGCGGAACGGUUGCAAUCCAAAGCCGAGAUUGACCACGAAAUAGCAAUGCUGAAUGAAGAAAGCUCCAUGUCUAUUGAACAACUUCGCGCAAAGUACUUUGGGACGACGUCAAGCAUCGACGAGGACGCAGAGGAACGAGAAGACAUCGAAAUUGAAUCAGACGAUGAUGCGAUUCAAGACGGCAGGUCCAGCAAUGCCGGCAACUCGACACCAGAACACGGCAAGGCCAGGUGCUCCAGCGGCCUCCAGAGCCCUGACAACGCCUCCCAUGGCCGGUCCAUUUCAAGGACUGGAAGCAGCAAUACAGAUACCGACGACGUGUGGUCGCGAGUGGGUCUUGUUCGGCCAUUUCUGUUGCGCCAUACAUUGCAAUUGCGAGCGUACCAAGCGACAGGUGUGGGGUGGCUCCUGUCGUUGGCACGAAAUCGAAUGAACGGAAUUCUGGCCGAUGAAAUGGGGUUGGGCAAGACGAUCCAGACCAUAUCGAUGCUGGCGUCGUUGGCGACCGAAGGGACGUGGGGACCGCAUUUGGUCGUGGUGCCAACAUCGUGCAUUUUAAACUGGGAAAUGGAAUUCAAACGGUGGUGCCCGGGAUUUAAAAUCAUGACGUACUAUGGCAGUGCGAAGCGGCGCAAAGAAUUGCGGCUCGGAUGGUCCAAAGUGAAUGCAUUUCAAGUGUGCAUUACAUCGUACCAACUUGUCGUGGCGGACGCGCCGUGUUUCAAGCGAAAAAAAUGGUAUUAUAUGAUCUUAGACGAAGCCCACAACAUCAAAAACUGGAAGUCCCAGCGAUGGCAAACCUUAUUGACAUUCAACACGCAGCGCCGGCUCCUGCUCACAGGGACCCCAUUGCAAAACAACUUGAUGGAGCUCUGGGCGCUCAUGCACUUUUUGAUGCCGCAUCUGUUUCGAUCGCGCGCUCAGUUUAGCCAUUGGUUCAACAACCCCUUGAAUGCCAUGGUGGAAGGGGAAGCCGCCGUGAACGAACAGCUCAUUACUCGAUUGCACAAUAUCAUUCGACCGUUUGUCCUGCGGCGGUUGAAGAAGGAUGUUGCAAAACAAAUGCCAGGGAAAUUUGAACACAUCGUCAUGUGCUCGCUCUCGAAACGACAACGGUUCCUGUACGAAGACUUUAUGGCGCGGUCAUCGACGCGGAAGGCGCUCACGGGGGGCAAUUUUAUGGGCAUGAUGAACGUGUUGAUGCAGUUGCGCAAAGUGUGCAACCACCCCGACUUGUUUGAGUCGCGCCCGAUCAUGUCGCCGUUUGACAUGCCCCCGUUGCAAGUGCACAUACCGUUCACGAUGUCGACGUUCCGCUUACCCGCGCAUCGCGUGCUCAAUUUUCAUCCACAUGGCAUUGUCACGUCCACAGAAGCGUCACGUCGGCGGCAAGCGUUGGCGCCGUCGAUCCAAGUCUUUAUCGACGACGUGUCGAUGACACAUACAUCCGAAGGCGAAGAGGACACUUAUCCAGACGACUUUCUCUUGCAGCACCCCAUGAUUGCAGCCUUUCUCAAGCAACAACUCGCGAUGCAGCACGCAUCAAGACAUGCCAAAGCUAGAUCGAAUGCGUGGAUCAACUACUGGCGCUGCCUUGAGACGCCAUUCCUGUCUCAAGAACUUCUGCACGCCACCACGAUGCCAAUUUUUGUGUCGCUGGCCAUGGAAGUCCAUGGUAAGGAGGGCCGAUCUCGUUGGCAACACCGCACGAGUGACGCGUUGGCAUCGAUGGUGUCGUCGCCCAAGACGCGGUUGGAAAACAUGCUUGAAAUGAUGCUCAAAGUGCUGUGUUUUGUGCACAAAGCUCGCUCAACUUUGCCUAACGUUAUCAUCGGGUCCAAAUUGAGCGCAGGACGUGUACAAGAUCGGCUUCACUGGAACGACUUGGACAACCAGCUCCAUGAAAAAUUCGACCCGGUUUGGACGGCGCUCCACCCGAUCACUCAGCGCCAACACUUGUUUUUUCCGGACAAGCGCCUCAUUCAAUUUGACUGCGGCAAGUUGCAGCAGCUCGACCGUUUACUCCGCGAUUUAAAACGAGAUGGUCAUCGGUGCUUGAUCUUCUCGCAAAUGAGCUCCAUGCUGAACAUCCUCGAGAUCUUUCUCAAUGUGCAUGGACACACGUACUUUCGUUUGGACGGGUCGACUCCCGUCGAACAGCGGCAGCGAUUGAUGGACAAAUUCAACGGAGAUUCCAAGGUAUUUUGCUUCAUCCUGUCGACGCGAAGCGGUGGUCUCGGGAUCAACUUGACAGGGGCCGACACGGUGAUCUUUUACGACAGCGACUGGAAUCCGGCCAUGGACGCGCAGGCGCAAGAUCGUGCGCAUCGUAUUGGGCAGACACGGGACGUUCAUAUUUACAGAAUGGUGUCGGAGCACACGGUCGAGGAAAACAUUUUGAAAAAGGCGCAGCAGAAGCGGCAGUUGGAUUUUUUGGUAUUGUCCGAAGGCCAGUUUACGACCGAGUACUUUACCAAGUCGAAUUUACGCGAUUUGCUUGGGACGACGACAGACGUGGAAGACGACGACGCGGGCGAUGCCACGUUGGACGUGUCAACGAUCGAAGAUGCGAUGGCGCAGUGCGAAGAUCAAGAAGAUGUGGCUGCGAUGAAAGGCGUCAAGCAAGAACAGCUCCUUGAAAAGGAACAGGAUGAAACCUUUGACGACGACGUGGGUUUGAGUGGAAACGAUGGUCCAUCUUCCAUCGCAGACACGAACCUCCUUGACACGUCCGGCGACACAAUGUCGCUUCUGCGACCGAUCGAUCGCUACGCCAUGACGUAUCGGUCGAAAACCGACCCGCUGUUUUUGUACAUCCCGACACCUGAUGUCGAUUACGCCGAGGAAGAAAUCGAAUUGGAGCGCAUUGAAGCGAACAAGGUGGUGGACGAGGAAGUUGCGAUUCAGGAAGGCGAGUUGAUUGUUGCAGCUGACAGCAUCGACCUGUCCACGCAAAAGCUCAUUUACAUGCAUGAACGCAGCCACGUCAAGAGCGAAAAGCGACGACGGGCGCUAACGGGCGUUGCGUGGAUGCAAAAGACGUGCGUUCGAUCGAAUUUACCGUUCUACUACAACACGGACACGCAUGAAGCGGUAUGGGAUCGUCCGCGCGUCUUGAUUCAAAACGAAGAGCAUGCGCAUGCGACGCAAGUGGGCUAUGGCGGGUUGUCGUUGGCGGUGCUGCUACACAUCUUGGGGUUCGCCAGACCCGUCGACAGAAUCUCGAGUUGCGUCAACAAGCAGUGGACUGUCGCCGCUCGGCACGUGUCGUUUUACAAGCGCAUUCUCACGACCGACGCGGCUUCGGACGUGCAGGCGAUGCUCGCCACCUUGCAAACGGGAGAGACCGUCCAGUUUGGCAGUGGCGUGCAUCAGAUCGCAGCCAGUCUGCAUAUUUACCACACCGUGCGCCUCGUGGGUCCAUCCACGUCUGGGAGCACUUGUACGCUAGAAUUCGACGACGACGAGCACGAUACCACCGACUCGACUGCGUUUGGACUGGUGUGGCACGCGAAAGCCGGCGAAAUCGCGAACCUCACGCUGCAGAAAUCCACGGCAUCGUCCCAGCGGUCUCUGGGCACGACCGUCUUGAAACCAUGGCGCAGUGUUGUUUUGACGUUGAUGCCGGGGAGUGCAUGCACCGUCACAGAUAGCCGCAUCGUUGGCGGCGACGUUGGUGUGGUUAUCCAAGGGGGCACGGGAACGUUUGUCGACGUCGAGAUUACCGGCGCCAUCGGAUCGGGCGUGUUGGUGGAAGGCGGGUUUGUGACGCUGCUGGCAUGCCUGCUCUCCUGUCAUGGCCGAUGCGGCCUCACAAUGUUACACGGAGCCGGCAUUGCGAGAAAAAAUUCGUUUCAAUCGAAUGCGCGCUACGGCAUUCGCAUGCUGAGUGGGGUCCAAAUGGCCAUGCUCCACACCAACUCGUUUGCGAACAAUCGGUGUGGUGCCAUGGAUAUUGAACACUCGCAUCGGCGCAUUUACGUCCGCCACAGCCAUAUUUCCCACGACAUGGAGCUUACUCGACCACACGUCCACGAUCGGUUGCGUGUCAAAGGCUGGGCAGCGCCUUGGGUCGAUCGCUGCGACGCUCCAAAACCGAAACAGAGUGCAAAAAAAGAGCCCAAGGCAAUCGUGCACGCUGCCAAGGAUGAGACAGCGCUGGCCUCGACCGAGAAUAAUCCGACUGUUGCAGCCAUCGCGGCUCCUCAACCGGCACCGUCCACUGUGGUAGACGACCCAGUCGGCGCCAUGAGCAGCAAUGCGGCGCGUGGGGUCCAUUCGAACGCUUGUUUGGAGGCCAUGGUACUCGAUUCCGACCGCUAAUGAACAUGUAGUACUGCUUGGC